CCCAGCUUAUAAUUUAGCUUUUUUUUUCAUCGAUAUUUUAUCAAAUUAAAAUUUAUUUUAUAUAAGAAAAACUACCACUUUCUUUCCAAAAUUCUUUCUCACCUGAGCCCAGUGGACGAGUCACUCGGCUGAAAAGUUAACUCACGUCGAAAUGACGAGUUUCAAGCUGAAGCAGCUACACUUAUCUAAAAACGAAAGAAGUUAAUCUGAAAAAAAGAGAUGUUCCUGUUUAAAUUUUCACGUUUUAUACACUUCUACAGGCGCAAAACAAAUCGGUUAAUAUACUAUACAUUGUCCCUAAGAAAUCCCUAGAAAGUCACCAGUGGAUCACCUGCGCCUUCAUUUUUUCUCCCCACUCCCUGAAUUUCAGGGUGUCACCAGAGAUUUUACAGGGAAUCCCAUAGAAUUCUCUAGGGGUUUCAUGUUUUUUGAGGGAUUAACCAAGGGCUUCAUCAGGGACAGUGAGCUAUGAUAUACGUAUGAUAUCUACUUUGACUGUGGGUUGGACACAGCUGUACAAAAUAGUUAGAAGUAUGUAUAAUUUUACGAAAUAAACACAUUCGAUGCACACACAGUAGCUGUUGACUAAAAAGCCAUGAAAAAUUCUUCAGAAAUUUUCGCUGCGAUGUGCCUCUAAUAGCACGAAAAACGGCUAAGCCUGCCUGAAAUUCUAACUGGGUAAAACAAAGAAUAUUUGUUGUUGUUGUCCCAUCAUAAAUAACAAUACCAUAACUUAAGUCGCUCAAAACAAAAGCAGGGGAAAUAGAAUCGAGGGUUUGUCUAGAUGCACCUCUACGUAGGUAUUUCAUAGAACCAGUCCUCAGUGGUAGUUUCGCACGUAAAGCAUCAAUAUGAGGCAACCAGUCUAGUGACGGAGUUAGAGUCAACCCCAAACGAACGUGUUUCUCGACAAACUCUAACACUACAUUAUCAAGUGUUAAAGGAGAAGGCGAUAUUAGGGUUUUAUUACAAGAGAAUAACAUCGCGGCACACUUUUUUACAUUGAGCGGUAACAUUCAUGAUUGUGGCCAAUGAUUCAUCCUGUCCAGAGCAUCGUUCAUCAUCUUCACAGCUUUUACUAUAUUGCUUGCUUCAAUAUACAACGAAACAUCAUCCGAGAACAAUUUAGAAAUAGAGGAAAGCCCCUGUGGGAGAUCAUCGAUAAAUACCGGUUACUGAUUUUAUUACGUUCCACAUUAUGUACCACUUCCCAUGAAAUCAUUUUGAUACUCUAACGCACGUUAACAGGCGUUAAAUAAAAGAAAAAUUUGAUGUGUGCACACUAGCUAAAUACCGUUGAAUACGUGCAAAUGCGUAAUUUUUCAAACCUAUAUGGGACUGAAAAUUAAUUCUAAUGCACUCAAAUGCGCUUUUAUAAAAAAAUAUGAAAACAACGUUCAAACUCAUUAAUCACGAAAAUUUUAUAACCCUAACGCGUUAAAUGUUUCAUAUUUGGUGAUUCUAACGAGUAAGAAUUUGUAGUGCGUGAUAACGCCUCCACUUAAUCGUAAAUCGUUUAAAUUCGUUAAAAAUUAAAUAAGUUAACUUCUUGGAUGCGUUUACACUCGUUAGAAUAAUACUUCGGAUAAAAAUGUAAUUUUAACGCGUGAUAGUGCAUUUAUCCUUCAAAUCCGGUGUUCUGUUGAUGGAUCCCAAGAUUCACCUAGCUAUGGUCUACCAGAUACUGUUCAUCAGCACCAUUAUGGCAGACUAGUCUCUUACACAUAUAUAUAGUAAGAGGAAAACUUAGAAAACUUUCUAAGUGAAUACAUCGUAUAUCUCGUAGGGAAGGACAUGGUCUAUUUGUGUAUGAGUUAGUCAUGCAAAACAAAAUGGUGACUGGAAAUUACCGUUCUAACGUACUAGAACGCUUACUUGGUGAGUCAUCGUUCAACGAGUUUUAACGAAUUAAAAUGUAUUCUGAUCCGUUCAAACCGGCUAAGAUAAACUUUUAUUCAGGAAUGUACGUGUAUUCUUCAUUUUUAAACGAGUUUUUACCAUAUGUCAUCGAUUUUUGGAAAACUUGAAUGCGUGGAAAUUCGUUAAACUGCUUAGAAUCAUACUUAACCGGAUGUGACUCGUUACCGCUCCGAAGAAACGUUAACACACGUUAUAUUUGAAAAUUUAAUCCGUUCAAACGCGAUUUUCUUGAAAAAAACCUUUUCUAACGCGCGCUAACCGGCGUAUCAAAAUUAUUUCAUGUAAAAGCUAGUUCUAUUUACUAUGAAAAAACGGAUUUUUUCCAAUAUAUUUAGUCUUUCAUGAGAUAUUCAUAUUUUUCCAUUUUGUAGACCAUAUCUUUCUCUGCAACCCCACAUCAUUUGAUUCCAAACAGAGAUAAAUUUCAGUUAGAAAAAAGUUGAUCUUUGCUCUGUUACGUACGCAUCUUGGAAUUAUAUCGGAUGAGAUUUCAAAGGGUGAUGUCGAGCCAAAGAAAAAACUGGAGAUGAUUGUCAAUAAACAGAAUUGAUACAGCUUCCACACUGUAAAAAAUAAAGUGUGCCCGCUAGUGUGCAUUCUCCCAAGUAUGCAUUUCGAGUCCAAAGUGAUGUGCAAAAUGUCACUGUGUAAUCUGAACUUUUAUCUUGCAUUUCUCUACGGAAAAAACGGAAGAAGUAUUCUUCUCUUUGCCAAAGAGAACGAGAAAAAAGACCAAAGAGUCUUUGGUCUUUUGUCUCGUUCUGUCUAUGGAAGUUAUAUGUGCAAUUCCUGUGUGUUAGUUGUACACUGGACAAGCCGUUUACAGUGUGCAAAAACAGUCCAACGUGAUGUGCACAUUCAGUGUGCCCCGGGUACACUUUAUUUUGUACAGUGCAGUGCGUGAUAAAAGUUGAUAAGAAAAUAUAAUUGAAACAGUACGGUUUUUGGACAGAAAAUUCUAUUCUAUUGUUGGAAGUCGAGGCUGUUCCCAUAAAAUGUUCGAUGAGAUUUUUGAUUUUGUUUUUUCAAUAUCUCAAUAAAUAAUACUCUAAUCAAGACCAAACUUUGAUCAUUGUUAGACCUCGCGAAAUCUGAUAUUUGAUAAAAAAAUUAACUUGAAAUAUUGCGUCAGCGAAGAGAAAUUUGAAAAAUAAGCGAAUAAUGUCCUAUGAGCUUUUUAAGAAAGAAAUGGCUGGUGAGAUUUCUAAAUGCUUACCCUAGAGAAUGUCUAGUUUGUCUGGUCUUGAAAACAGAGUAAAGACUUAUUUACUUACAGGUGUCUGUUGCCUGCUGUUUUUUUCUUGUUCUGGUCAGACCAAGGUCAAAACAAAAACGAUUAGCGAGCAGCACACCUUAUUUUGCAUAUAUCCAACAAGCUCGCGGUCUUGAUUUCUUUCACUGAUCAGAAGCAAAACAAGCAAGGACCUUUUUUACUUACAGGCACCUGACCAGUGAUCUGACCACACAAACUGGACAUCCUUUAGGGUAUUGUCAAUGAAAAUAAAAACGAAACUCGACUUGUUAUGCUGGAUUCGUCUGAGUGCACGCUAUUUAACCGUCAAAAGCAAAAAGUACUAGUGUCUGUCCAAAAAUUCAGUAGACUCGGAUAGUUUUUGAAUAACUCAGCAUCAAGUAAAGAUAGGUACUUGCGAUUUUCACCAUUCGAUAGCCAAGAAUUGAGGCUAUCUUUCCAUAAGCAAAAACGAUUUCGGAAAAAAUUACGAAGCCGGUUUUUUAGAGGGUCUUUAAAACACUAGCUUGGAUUUUCCGAAAUUCAAAUAGGAAUCUAUUGAUUUUUUUCAUAGAUAGAUAGUCCAAAGUGUCCUGUACAAAAUGGGAUCUAAGCAAAAGUUGUAUUUUGCUCAGCCCGGGAACUUUGAAGGUUUUUCCCAAAGCAGUAAGACUCACCGGUCCUUCAGUUUCGGACCUUUGAAAAUGCAUGAAAACAUUGGCUGUUGACUAUGCUGAAUCUCGUGGCAAUGUUAGUUUUCAGAACAAAAUGCAAAGACUGAGUGAAAACCUGCACUAGGUAAAAUAACCCAUUUUGGGCUAUUUACAUAAAAAAUUAGAAAAUUCAUAACUCAGUCAAAAUCCAUCCAACCCACUUCACAAUGUCCGAAAAUACUCUGUUUUAUCUGCAGCAUAGCAUAAAGCUCAAUAAAUGCUGAAAAAACCAACAGAAAAUACUUUGGUUUUGAGAAAGGUUUUGCAGUAACCUUCGGAACUAAGAGAAUGUCUUUUAUUGAUUUUAAGUAUAGAAUCAGAACGACUGGAUAAAAUAGAGUAUUUUCUGACAUUAUAUUGAAAUGCUUAGAUCCCAUUUUGUACAGGACACUUUGGACUAUCUAUCUAUGAAAAAAAUCAAUAGAUUCCUAUUUGAAUUUCGGAAAAUCCAAGCUAGUGUUUCAAAGACCCUCUAAAAAACCGGCUUCGUAAUUUUUUCCGAAAUCGUUUUUGCUUAUGGAAAGAUAGCCUCAAUUCUUGGCUAUCGAAUGGUGAAAAUCGCAAGUACCUAUCUUUACUUGAUGCUGAGUUAUUCAAAAACUAUCCGAGUACACUGAAUUUUUGAACAGACAGUCGUUUAGGAUUUUCAAAGCUCACUUUUCGGUGAAAGACUUUUGUUUUUCCGGCAUUUUCACAAGCAGAUUUACACGAUAAAGUUUUAAGAGUUGCAACCUGUAGUAUUAAAAACACAAUAAUUCACUGUUUUGAGUAUAAAGUGUCAGGAGAAAGCUUGUAUUAUUAGCCCAUUAACCUAUCAAGUAAUAAAACUCAACCCGACACUCAGAACGUCUUUUUGUACACAAAUUUAUUUUAUGAAAUUUUUUUCGCUAAACAAUACAAUAGCUAUGUCGUGCACUCAUGUCAUUUAUGGUUUCAAUGUGUUACAGCAGAAUAUACAUUAAAUUACUGAAGAAAAACAAUAUCCAUUCUCAAGGUAUUCUGUUCCUUGUAUACGCAUCUAGCGUUAAUCUAUCGUUUUAUUUUUUUACCACUGAUUUUGUUGAUAUUCUUGUGCGUCGUUUUAUUUUUCUACGUUUUAUGCUAUACCAUAGAAGAAAUGUGCAACUUGUACAAAUAACGUUUGUUUGAAGGGACAGAAAAGAAAAAGAAAGAAGAUAUAGACGAAAUUAUUUUCGCAUGAACCGAGAAUAAUGUGAGUUAUAUAAACAGUGUAUAGUUUGUCUAUGAAAAUACGAACAUAAUUACCGGAAACACGUUGAAGGUUGAUAAACAACAAAUAUUAAAUUAUGCAUGUGUUAGUCUAUUAAAGAGUGUUCGUAUUUCACAGUACAUUACAUAGAAAGCCUUUACCCUUCCACUGAUAAAGAUUCCAUCUGAAAGAACAAUUUCAAGUACUGGAAAUUAUGUAAUUUUUUGCAUGUGUCAAGAAAACAGGUUAUAAGGCUAAAAAGAGUGUUAUACUCUAUUACCGAUACACAGCGCCAUCUUUAAUAUAACAUACACCUUUUCAUCUUCGAGGAAGCACAGUUGAAGUAUAAAAGCUUUUGUAUCGACAGAAAUCCUAUUUUACCAGGAAAAUAUCUCAUGUGCAACGCUAUUAGACUACUUACUGAGGCAGUGAAAGUCUCCGAUGGUGUUCUAUGUAAAUAACGUUGACCAAUCAAAUUCAAUGAAAACAAUCUUUCUUUGCUCUCACUGGUACAUGUACAUACUUAUAUCGAUUAAUCAGUGAUUAAUCAAAUCAAUAUUCUUUUCUUAAAUUAAAUUAUGAAAAAAUGACAUUAUUUCAUGUUUUAAUAUUACAUUUUCUUUGUUUUCUAUCCGUACUAAAAGCGAAACUAUUAUUGUCAGGAUUGCUCACUUAUUAACAAGCUUAUCUUUUUUUUUAUUAAAAGAUAUGUAAAAUUACAUAUCAAUAUGGCUAAAGUAUAUAAUUUCGAUUGGCAAAUCGAAGUAGCCGAACGAUUAAUGAAAGGUGAUUAUUUUGAUCGUUGGGAUGAAGAAAGUGGUUCAUAUGAACAAAAUUGUCUAUUUCGUGUUGAUUGUUAUGGAUUUUUUAUUCAUUGGCAAUCGGAUGGAAAAGAGGGACAAGUUAUUGAAUUAUCACAAGUGAGCGAUAUUAGACCAGGAAAAGCUCCCAAUGAUCCAAAGUUGAAUGCUGAUCUAAUGUUAAAUUCUUUAACACAUGGACGUGGAAAUCUUGACGAACGAACUGUAACAAUUUGUAGUGGAUACGAUUUAGUGCAAAUUAAUCAUACAAAUAUAACAGCAGAAGAUAAUAUAACAGCCAAAGCGUGGAUUGAAGGUCUACGAAAAAUUACUCAUAAUCAUAAAGCAAAUAAUAUAUGUCCAACUACAAGUUUAAGAAAACAUUGGAUGAAAUUAUCUUUUUCGUUAAAUCCAGCUAAGAAAAUUCCAGUGAGAAGUAUCACUCGAACAUUUGCAUCUGGUAAAACAGAAAGAAUGAUAUUUCAAAUAUUAAAAGAACUUGGAUUACCUAGUGGAAAAAUGGACGAUAUUGAACCAGCCGAUUUUACUUUUGAGAAAUUUUGUGAUUUAUAUCAUAAAAUAUGUCCAAGAGAUGAUGUUACAGAUUUAUUUAAAACUUUAUCUAAUGGUAAAGAUUAUAUAACAGUGACAACAUUUGUCAAUUGGCUAAAUGAGACUCAACGUGAUCCACGUUUAAAUGAAAUAUUAUUUCCAUUUUAUGAUGAAAAAAGUGCAAUUAGAAUUAUUGAUACAUAUGAACAACGAGCAAAUUAUAAAGAUAGAGAUCAUUUGAGUUGUGAUGGUUUUGCUCGUUAUUUAAUGUCAGAUGAAAAUGCUCCAGUAUUUUUAGAUCGUUUAGAAGUACAUCAUGAUAUGGAUCAACCACUUUGUCAUUAUUUAAUUAAUUCAUCUCAUAAUACAUAUUUAUCUGGAAGACAAUUAGGAGGAAAAUCAAGUGUAGAAAUGUAUAGACAAGUACUGUUAGCUGGUUGCAGAUGUGUCGAAUUAGAUUGUUGGGAUGGUAAAGCUUUGAAUUCUGAAGAACCGAUCAUUACUCAUGGAAAGGCAAUGUGUACUGAUAUUGUAUUUAAAGAUGUUAUUGUUGCCAUUCGUGAUACGGCAUUUGUUACAUCUGACUAUCCUCUUAUUCUAUCAUUUGAAAAUCAUUGUUCAAAAGCCCAACAAUAUAAAUUAGCCAAAUAUUGUGAAGAUAUACUUGGUGAUCUAUUAUUAACAAAACCAUUAGAAUCACAUCCACUUCAACCUAAUGUUCCAUUACCAAGUCCAAAUUUGUUAAAACGAAAAAUUCUCAUUAAAAAUAAGCGUUUAAAACCAGAUGUAGAAAAAAAACAAUUGGAACAAUGGCGUCAAGGUCAAAUAAAUGAAGUUAAUAAUGAGACAGAAGGUGAUUCAGCAGCAAAUGUAGAAGGAGAAGAUGGACCAGCAUUACUUGAUGAGAUAAAAUUACGUGAACAACAUGAAGAAGCUCAUCCAGAAUUAAGUGUCGAUUUAAAUGAAGAAAAACGAAAUCCAUUUUCAUUUGGAGGAUCUAAACAGAAGGCUAUUAUUUUAUCAAAAGAAGAAGAAGAAGCAUUAUUAAAUCAUUAUCAGUAUAGGGGAGCUACAAUCAAUAUUCAUCCAUAUCUCUCAUCACUAGUUAACUAUGCUCAACCAAUUAAAUUUCGUGGUUUUGAACUUGCUGAACAAAAAAAUAUUCAUUAUCAUAUGUCAUCUUUUUCGGAAAAUAUUGCUCUAACACAUUUAAAACAAAAUCCAAUUGAAUUUGUUAAUUAUAAUAAACGACAAAUGUCAAGAAUUUAUCCAAGAGGUGGAAGAGUUGAAUCAUCAAACUAUAUGCCACAAAUUUUUUGGAAUGCUGGUUGUCAAAUGGUUUCCUUAAAUUUUCAAACAGCCGAUUUAGCUAUGCAAUUAAAUCAAGGAAAAUUUGAAUAUAAUGGAAAUUGCGGGUAUUUAUUAAAACCAAAUUUUAUGAUACGUCCUGAUCGUACAUUUGAUCCAAAUGCUGAAAGUCCAGUUGAUGGUGUUAUAGCUGCUCAUUGUUCAAUAAGAAUUAUUAGUGGACAAUUUUUAUCUGAUAAAAAAAUUGGUACCUAUGUUGAAGUAGAUAUGCAUGGUCUACCAGCUGAUACAAUUAAAAAAGAAUUUAGAACAAAAACAGUUCCAUCAAAUGGACUCAAUCCAAGAUAUGAUGAAGAACCAUUUGUAUUUAGAAAAAUUGUAUUACCUGAUUUAGCAUUAAUACGUAUAGCUGUUUAUGAAGAAACGGGUAAACUAAUUGGUCAACGUGUAUUACCUUUAGAUGGUUUACAAGCGGGUUAUAGACAUAUUUCAUUACGUACAGAAGGUAAUUUUCCAUUAUCAUUACCAACAAUAUUUUGUGAAGUUGUAUUAAAAACGUAUAUACCCGAUGGUAUGGGAGAAUUUGUUGACUUGUUAAAUAAACCACAAUUACCAAAAACGGAUGAUCGUAAUACUCUACAACCAGCUACAGGUGGAAAUAGUGCAUCAUCGUUACUUAAAAAGAAUCUUGAUGCUACAGCUACAGCAGAUGGUGGUAUGUCACCAUUAAAAAUUUCUGGUAAAGAUUGUCAACAGACUCAAUCUGGUCAACAGACAAAUAUUAUCAUUACACUUGAUUAUUUACGACAAUUAAAAAGUUAUCAAAAAUUAGAACGAAAACAAGAAAAAGAAUUACAAUUAAUGAAAAAAAAACAUUCAAAAGAACAACAGAUACUUGGUGAACAACAAUCAAAAAUAAUGACAAAAGCAAAAGUUGAUUGUGAAAAACAUCAACAAUUAACACCAAAAUCAAGUACUGGAUUAUUGGGUAGUCAAUCAACACCGGAAAAACGAAAAGAUUUAAUGAAUGGCGGUCUACCAAUCGAGAUUCCUAAAACUGAUCCAAAGUUAAUGGAAUUGAUUAAUGAACAAAACUUAGAAUGGACUCAAUCAAUUCAACGUCAAUUAAACGAAUUACAAACAUUAAGAAAACAUCAUAUGAAAGAACAAUGUGAUCUAUUAAAAGAAUUAUUAACUGAAACUCAAAAAACACAAUUAAAAGAAAUUAACGAUAGACAUUUGAGAGAGAAAAAAGAUUUAGAAUUGAGUCAAGUACGUCAAAAUCUUGAAGAUACAAAAAAAUUAGAAGCAGAUAAAAGUGUUCGUAGUAAAGCCGAAUUAGAACGACGUGUACGAGAAUCAAAAUCAAAUAAUACAAAAAAAUUUGUAGAAGAACGAAAACGUCAAGGAUAUAAACAACAACGUGAAUUAGAACUUUUAACAAAAUCACAUGAUCAACAAAAAUUAACAUUAGGAAAUGAAAUUGAUAAAAUGUUAGAACAUAGUUUAAAUUAUCAAGAUGAAUCUCCAUUAGCACGUUUUCCAUCAUCUUCGGUUUAA